AUGGGCUGGCGGCUGCUGCCCGCCGUCCUGCUCGCCCUGGCGCUGGGCGGCCCCGCCGCGUGGGCGCAGAACGACACGGAGCCCAUCGUGCUGGAGGGCAAGUGCCUGGUGGUCUGCGACUCCAACCCGGCCACCGACGCCAAGGGCUCGUCCUCGUCCCCGCUGGGCAUCUCCGUGCGCGCCGCCAACUCCAAGGUCGCCUUCUCGGCCGUGCGGAGCACCAACCACGAGCCCUCCGAGAUGAGCAACAAGACGCGCAUCAUCUACUUCGACCAGAUCCUAGUAAAUGUGGGCAAUUUUUUCACGUUGGAGUCUGUCUUUGUAGCACCAAGAAAAGGAAUUUACAGUUUCAAUUUCCACGUAAUUAAAGUCUAUCAGAGUCAAACAAUUCAGGUUAAUUUGAUGCUGAAUGGAAAGCCAGUCAUUUCUGCUUUUGCUGGGGACAAGGAUGUCACACGUGAAGCUGCCACUAAUGGAGUCCUGCUCUAUCUGGACAAGGAGGAUAAGGUUUACCUGAAACUGGAGAAAGGUAAUCUGGUCGGUGGAUGGCAGUAUUCUACGUUUUCUGGCUUUCUGGUCUUCCCCCUGUAAAGUCAAUUUUCCUGUGACAUUCAUCCAGGUGUGGACUCACCAUUGCCUCUGUUACAUGAAGAUCAUUUUAUCAUCAUGGGAUUGAUGUUUCUUUAUUGGUUUUUCAUGGAUUCUCCCUAUGGAUUUUGGCCCCAUUUGAACUACUCAGAAGUUUCACAGAAUUUUGUGUGCUUAAAUACGAUAUAUUUGGACUGAGACUAAAGCAGACAAUAAAUAUCUAUGCUUAACAUUACAGUCUAAAGCUGCCUGCAAGAUUUAUUCCACUCACAUUUUCUGGACUCACUGGAUUCAUGAGAGAAGUGGAUUUUCUUUAAUUAUGAAAAAAACUGGCAAUCAGGUCUUUAAUUUAGGAGAGUUUGAGUUCAGACUUCAAUCAAGAGUUAGUGUGUUGCUGCCAAAGAACUGUAUAUUGAUAUAUUGGUCAUACAUGUUUUUGUCACUGGGACUUUACUGCCAUUGUCUUGAGAGAGGUAAUUAUUAUUGAUAAGUGGUUGACUUUAAUUCUCCUCUGAGUGUUGUGUGUUGGAUGGUUCACCCAGAUAUUUAAGCUCUGUCACUGCUCCCAUCAAGUGUACCCCACAUAAACUAAAGGGUCAUGGAUGUAUUUUAGUCGGAUAUGAAAGAUAUUCCUCUUUUCCACCUGCUGAUUUCUAAAAAGAAUAGCAGAUUAUAACCAUUAAGACAAAACUUACCAGGGUUAAAGGUGAUCAUUCAGGCACAGCUUUGCAAAACAGCUUUGCCCUGCAGGAAGUCUCACACUUAUUCUUCAAUUUUAAUUAACAUGAACGAUAAAAACUGCUUUAUUAAAAUCCUAAGGGAUUCCUUCCUUAGCCACAACCACUUUGUUAGCUGGAGAUGAGAUCCCCCUUGUUUGUAUUUAUGUGUAUUUUUCAAACCUUCUGUUGUGUUAAAUCUGAUUUUGCCUUAACUCCACAACUGUAUAUAAUUUUAGGCCAUAUAUUUAACAAAUGUUAAAUCCAAAUAGCUGGUACCUAACUUGGUACAAAAGCUUUUCAGCUUUUUGUACAGGUCACGUGAAUUCAUAAAGUUAUUUAUUAUAUCAUUGUUACAUAAUAAAGAUUAAUAUAUGUCAGCUUAAUUUUUGACCUUUGGAUUUUGGAAGUUGCUUCAUGCUAUUUUUUUAUUGGAUAUAAUUAUUAUAUGCAAAAUGUAAGCUUUUGGGAUUCACAGAAACUACCCCAGGAGGCAGGAAAACUGCCAUAAGUUAGUCUGGCAGAAUCCUAGAGGUAAUCAGAAGGAUCUAAAAAUAACCUAUGCAUUUUAUUUGAAAAACAAAAAGAUUUAGGCAGAAAUCCUGCCCUCACUGAAGUUACUGUUAAGAAUCACAUUGAUUCCAAAGGGUUUUGGAUGAAACCUGUUGCUUUAGGUUUUUACCAUCAGCAUGAAACUCCAGUGCCAUCAAAUUGAAUAUUAAAUAAAAUGAUUUUCACAGGAGCUGCUAAUGAAACCUUCAUCCCUCGUGCCCAAAAUAGACACUGAAUCGAUGGAUCUUUGUGCCUUGCAUAUCAUGAAGGAUAUGGUUCUAAUUAAAAAAUACUGUGUACUUGAAAAUGUUUCUGGAUGGAAGGACCUGCAGCAACUGGGACCUUCCCUGAGAGCCAGUUUAGGCUGGAAUUUGCUGCUUUAGAUGACCUGGUUCCAAUUUGUUCACUUGUUAGUCAAGUGCAGUGCCGUGUUGCUCCAGCUGCUGUAAAUGGAUAUUUCAUUGAUUUAAAGUCAGUUGGUUGGUUGAUGCUCCUGAUUAAAACACCAGGGAAUCAGUGCCCAACACUGUGCCCAAAUUCCUUCUUGUUCAACACCCAACAUACAGGAUUUUUUGGGCCAUUUCAGGAGGGUAGGUGGGAAUAUUCCCCCUCUAUGGGAUGUCAGAUGAGGAGGUGAUUUUUUAGACACAAUAUUGAGCACUGCAGUUUGGGAAGAAGUGGAAGGACAUGGCAAUGAAUGAUGAUUAAUGAUUUACGUGGCUGAAAAAUAUAAAAAAUUAUUAUGACCAAUCAAAAAGUGUUACUGUUGUACCCCACAAAUGUGUGUGUGUGUAUAUAUAUAUAUGUAUAUCUGAACCCCCCUGGGAUUGCAGCACAUAGUAUGCAUGAUGUUAUAAAGAGGUUAUUUGUCAUAAGGGUUUAUUUCAGAGGGGAACAUCAAUAUUUUGUAUAAGAUUGGUAAAAUCUGAAAUCUCACCCAUUGAAACAUAUGUAAUGUAAAAGACAUGUUGCUAC